GUCGACUACAGAAAUAUUGAUGACAAAAGCAACAACGGAGAGACUGUUUAAUAUGAUGUUACUUCCCACAUGCCCGGACAAACCACCAAAUAUACUUGAACCUGUGAAGCUGAAUCUCACAAACAUCUCCCUAGAUGAGUUGCAGACUAAGUAUCCCUCCCAUCCCGGGGACAGAUACAGGCCCGAGGGGUGUCGGUCCGGGCAGCGACUGGCCGUUGUUAUUCCUUACAGAGACAGGAAGCAACAUCUGGGGAUCCUCCUCAACAACCUCAUCCCCUUCCUCAAAAAACAACAGGCGGACUUUACGAUAUUCGUUGCAGAACAGGCACCAGGAGGAACUUUUAACCGAGGUCUAAUGAUCAAUGCUGGGGUGGAAGCCGCGCUUGAGGCGGAUAACUUCACCUGCCUUGUCAUCCAUGAUGUCGACCUCAUCCCAGAGACUAGCGACAACUACUAUCGCUGUCGGAAAAAACCACUUCAUCUAUCCACUGCCAAUGCGAAAUUUGACUAUAAGCUGCCAUAUCAAGGGUAUGUUGGAGGAAAUAUUGCAAUAACGCCAAGUCAGUACAAGCGGAUCAACGGCUUUUCUAACUUGUACUUCGGCUGGGGUGGAGAAGAUGACGAUUUCGGACAAAGAAUGGCAACAUUUGGUCUGCGAGUGGAAAGAAAUACUCACGUGACUGGACGGUAUUAUGCACAAUCACAUGGCAAGGAUAAGGGGAAUCCUAUCAACCCGAAAAGAAAUAUCUUGCUUGGGAAAGCAGUCGGACGAUUGAAAACGGAUGGGCUGCUCUCCACACAUGUCAAUACCACAGUAUCUCACAGAAGUGUUGUCACGUUGCUUACGGUAUCCAUAGAUACACAGUUCUAUGCAAGAACAGCCCGUAGAUAAUAUUGUCGCUAUAUGCGACUGUCACAAAAUACCUUCGGUCUGUGAUGUUAAAAAAGUUGGGGGAGGUUACAUAAGAUAUUGGUACUGUGCCCUGUUAUUGAUUUGCUUAUUUUA